CAUAAACGCAUGCUGUCUCUAUCGCACGCAUAACACAGCGCAUUGCUUGCAAGUGCUAACGCUGCGUAUGAGUACAACACUGCGGUUACAGCAGCACUCGCUCGUGCCUUGCGCCUGCAGACACCAAACAGCGAGACAGACAGACAGACAGACAGACAGCAAGCCCGCGACUGAGUUUGCCUUUUGUGCUUGCCUGCUGGCAAUUGGCCAAGUUAAUAGACAAAAGCCGAUAAUGACGUUGCUGGAGCAGCUGCCGCUGUUGUUGAUGAUGACGCUGCUAACUUGGUUAUUGCUGCCAGCAUAAAAACACAGACAAAAGCAAAACUUAAUAAAACAACAGCAACAACAACAAUAAAAGGGACAGACACACACCCACAGCGUUGCACUUAACGCAGCUACGAGGCUUACUGCAUUUCCGCUUGUUGUUGUCGUCGACGUCAUGCCACUCCAUAUGGCUGCAAGCAGCUGGAGCCGCCUGCUGCUGCCGCUGCCACUAUUCGUUCUAAUUGUGAUGAGCGCUACCACCAAUGGCGGCGUUCAUGGACCCAUCGAUGGCUACAAUACUUUGUCCGAGCAUACAACAACAGCUGGCAUUGGGUCUGGCAUUGGCGCUGCCAUCGACACUGGCUAUGGCAUGGAUAUGGGCCUGAUGCCCACUCAUGCGCCCACCGUCGCUUAUACGCAUCCCAAAUGGAUGGAGCCAUAUUUUGAUCCGUCUACGCCGCGCAAUGUUACCGCCCUCAUGGGCAAGUCCGCCUAUCUCAGCUGCCGCGUACGCAAUUUGGCCAACAAAACGGUAUCCUGGAUACGUCAUCGUGAUAUACAUAUAUUGACAGUGGGCUCGUAUACAUACACAUCCGAUCAGCGGUUUCAGGCCACACAUCAUCAGGACACCGAUGACUGGACGCUGCAGAUAAAAUGGGCGCAGAAACGUGAUGCGGGCAUGUACGAAUGUCAGAUAUCAACGCAGCCCGUGCGCAGUUAUUUCGUGCGUCUCAAUGUUGUAGUGCCAACGGCUACCAUACUUGGCGGACCUGACCUUCACGUUGAUAAAGGCAGCACCAUAAAUCUCACUUGCACUGUAAAGUUCAGCCCCGAACCGCCGGCCUACAUAUUCUGGUAUCAUCACGAGGAGGUCAUUAAUUAUGAUUCAUCAAGAGGCGGCGUGUCGGUAAUUACCGAAAAGGGCGAUGUGACAACCUCAUUUUUGCUUAUACAGAAUGCAGAUCUGGCCGAUUCCGGUAAAUAUUCCUGUGCACCCUCCAAUGCAGAUGUUGCCAGUGUGCGUGUGCAUGUUCUAAAUGUUCGGGCCAUAAUUUCAGGUGAACAUCCGGAGGCAAUGCAAACUGGUUCAUCCGGUUGCCACUACAAUUGGCUAACAAUUGGCUUGCUGCUCUGCCUGGUCUUCAGCUACAAUCACAGACAGCAGCAGAGCAGCGUUGCAAGUGUUGCAAGCGACGCCAGCGUGGCCACAGCAGCUGCCACAAACAGCUCAACGCCAACAGCAGCAACAACAACCACAAGCAUUGACAGUGUGGCGCAUUUGCUGCCCGCGGUUAACAACAACAGCCGCGCCCCUAAUCAACGUGGCUGCCACAGAUGAUCGCAGCAAGCUGUUGCCACUGCCACAGCGGCCACAAGCCGCAUGUAAUGUCAGCUGACGCAAGGACGACAACCCAAAUAGCCUCAGCCCAGACCCUAUCCCUACGAUGUCGUAUACGCAACGACAGGCGACAGUCGACAGUCGAAGAAAUAUAAGCUGCAACGUAUGCGUGUGUCACAUGUAAUCUCGGGAUUAUGGACACAGCACACAGCACCAGGCAGCAUUUCAAAUAAAGUAACACAACCAAAGGCGGGGGCGGGUGGUAGUUGGACAGCUCAUUGAAAACUGGGUCAGCAAAUAAAUCGAAAUAUAAGCUUAUGGCCCAGGUGCUAGAGCCUUCGAGCCUAUAAAAGCUUUUAGUCGUAAAAAUUCAGUAAUUAAAUCAUAUAUGGCCAAAAGGUAAGUUUCAAUUAUGCACAAGCUUCAUGCUUAAGUUAAUAUAUCCGUUGCGUUAGUUAGUGCAAAGCGCACUGCCUGGCUUAAUGGCAGAGCCCCAGCAUCAGCAUCGAAUGACAAUCGACUCAUUAAUUAACACAUGCGCACAGCAAAUGGCGAAAUGGCGAUGCAAAAAAUAAAGCACUCGACAA